CGUUGCUUGUUUUAUCGCCUACCAGUCUCACUCGUAAAUCUCUCUCUCUCUAAACCAGUGUGUUUCACUCUGCGAAACCUCUAGCGAUCUAGGUUUUAGCAAUACAUAGAUAUAUAUAUAUAUAGAGAGAAAAAAGAUGAUACAGCUACUAUUCCCUGCGAUUCUGGGAGAAAUGGCGGUGAUUCUGAUCCUCCUCUUCAAAACCCCUCUCAGGAAGCUCGUCAUCAUGGCGUUGGACCGACUCAAGCGAGGCUCCGGCCCUCUCGUCGUCAAAACCGUCGCCGGAGUCAUCUUCGUCUUCAUGUCCAUCACUGUUUACAGCGUCACCGAGAUCCAGAGCCGUCCAAUCGACUCUCUCAAUCCAAUGGACCAGAUUAUCCUCGCCAGGAACAUGCUUGAAGCUUCUCUGAUGGGGUUCUUGCUAUUCCUCUUGCUGAUGAUAGAUAGACUACACCACUACAUAAGAGAACUUCGCUUACUCAGAAAGACCAUGGAGGCUGCAAAGAAGCAAAACCGGGCUAAUGAGGAUGGUAAAAGUGAGGAGCUCAAAGUUUUGGGUGAGGAGGUUUCUCGAUUGAAAAAACACAUCAAGCAGCUGGAAACCAAACAUGAGAUAAAAGAAAAAGAGGUGAAAUCUGCAGAAGCCAAUGUGUUGGCUCUGAAAAGUCAAUCUGAAGGGUUCUUAGUAGAGUAUGACCGCUUGCUAGAGGAGAAUCAAAACCUUCGAAAUCAGCUGCAGUCAAUUGACCAGAGCUUGUCUCAUUCUGAUACCAAGAAGAACAUGUAAUGAUCAAAUGGCAAGUGACGAGCAAUUUACUUCCUGGCUUUUUAAAAGAAUUUUCAAUUUUUUUAAUUUGGGGAAUUUUAUGUUCUGUUUUGGAGGGUGGGGUGGCUUUAUGGUAAGGCUUUAUCUCUGUAGAAAGACAGGGGUACUGAAAGUAGCACAGAUGGUUUCUGUGAAAAUUGUUAGUUUUAAAGUACCAGUAACCAAUUGAAGCAAAUCAUGUAUCAUCAGUGUAUUUGGUAAUUUUGGAUAGUUUUUGAUCAAGGAUAGUUUCUGUAAGACCAAUUUAAUUUUGGUCGAUUAUGGUAGUUUGAAUACUACAUACACUGGUUUGCCAUGGCGUGUGUA